AUGGAGGUGGCCACGGACCAGCCUCGCUGGAUGGCCCACCACGCCGUGCUCAACGGGCAGCACCCCGAGAGCCACCAUCCCGGACUGGCUCACAACUACAUGGAACCAGCGCAGCUCCUACCUCCGGACGAAGUCGACGUCUUCUUCAACCACCUGGACUCCCAGGGCAACCCCUACUACGCCAAUUCCGCCCAUGCCCGGGCCAGGGUCUCCUACAGCCAGGCACACGCCCGCCUGACCGGGAGUCAAAUGUGCCGGCCUCAUCUUAUCCACAGCCCCGGGAUCCCUUGGCUGGACAGCAGCAAGGCGGCACUGUCUGCCCAUCACCACAACCCCUGGACCGUCAACCCCUUCACCAAGACACCCCUGCACCCCUCGGCGGCCGGAGCGCCCGGGGCCAUCUCGGUGUACCCGGGCAGCAGCACGUCCAGCACCGCCUCCGUGUCUUCGCUCACCCCGGCCUCGCACUCCGGCUCCCACCUCUUCGGCUUCCCCCCGACCCCUCCCAAGGAAGUGUCCCCGGACCCCAACUCCACCAGCGCUGCCUCCCCUUCGUCCUCCGCCGGGGCCCGGCAGGAGGACAAAGACAGCAUCAAGUACCAAGUGUCGCUGUCGGAGGGGAUGAAGAUGGAGAGCGCCAGCCCGCUCAGAAGCAGCCUCACCAGCAUGGGGGCCCAGCCCUCCACCCACCACCCCAUCCCCACCUACCCCUCCUACGUGCCGGCCGCCCACGACUACAGCAGCAGCCUCUUCCACCCCGGCAGCUUCCUGGGGGGCCCCGCGUCCAGCUUCACCCCCAAGCCGCGAAGCAAGGCCAGAUCCUGUUCGGAAGGCAGAGAGUGUGUGAACUGUGGAGCAACUGCCACCCCUCUCUGGAGAAGAGACGGCACCGGGCAUUACCUGUGUAACGCCUGCGGGCUCUACCACAAAAUGAAUGGUCAAAACCGACCUCUCAUUAAACCUAAACGAAGGCUGUCAGCGGCUAGGAGAGCAGGGACUUGUUGUGCCAACUGUCAGACAACCACCACGACCUUAUGGCGACGUAAUGCAAACGGGGACCCAGUUUGUAAUGCCUGCGGACUCUACUAUAAAUUGCACAACGUGAACAGGCCUCUGACCAUGAAAAAGGAAGGAAUUCAGACCAGGAAUAGGAAAAUGUCCAACAAAUCAAAGAAAAGCAAGAAAGGCUCUGAGUGUUUUGAGGAACUGUCCAAGUGCAUGCAGGAGAAAUCGUCUCCCUUCAGCGCUGCUGCCCUUGCUAGUCACAUGGCGCCCAUGGGGCAUUUGCCACCUUUCAGCCACUCUGGACACAUCCUACCAACACCUACCCCCAUCCACCCAUCUUCUAGCAUCUCAUUUGGACAUCCACACCCAUCCAGCAUGGUUACAGCCAUGGGAUAAAACCCGAUGACCAAGAGACCCACCCAGAGAUUAAGAACAUGGGGCUUUGCCUAAGACGACACCAAGUAAGAAAAUGUUCUGCCAAGAGGAGAAUGUAGGGAUGGCAAAAGGGGAUCUUUGCUCCCAUGUGGUUUAACUCUUAAUGCUGGACUCUAAAACCUUGCAAAUGAUGGGUCUUCUGCAGAAACGUGUAGUGGUGCCUGUAAUGCACUUUGCCCCCUCAGGUAUAAGGAAAAAGAACUCACCUGUUUGAUACUUAAUGGUCCAGCAGGAAGCAAAAGGUGGCAGAAGCUGAAGGAAAAGGCUUGGAACUGGCUUUCCUUUCUCUCUUUGUUAUUACUGUGAAUAUUGUAAAGAGAUAUAAGCAGCCUCCCAGGAUGGAAUCGGCUCACUGGAAGCCAGACAUGCUGGAUUUCUACUGUGGACUUUGUUUGGGAUGGGGGGGAAAAAAAAAUUAAAAAAAAGGACAUCUUUAUAAAAACGUAAUUUUUAAAAUGAAAUCAGACACAAAGUCAUAUUUAUUUUGCUCUUUUUUUCCACAAAAAGCCUCAACCCUCCGAUUGCAUGUUUUUGUGCUGUUGUUUGCAAUGGCUACCCUGUGAGAAAACCUGCCUUCAAAACAAGGGGGAGAGCAGGGAACAUAUUCAGCAGCCCCCUUGGAUUAGCUCUGUCUAUCUUUCAUAUCAAAAUAUCUACUAGGAAGAGGGAAAAGAUUUGGGGGGGAACAAAGCAAAAAUGUAGCUGUAAUACGGGAUUUUAAUGUGCCCGAGAUGGUGAUUAUUUUGACACAAUUUCUUCAUUCUUUUCCCUAACAGGAAAGAUCUAAUUUAA